AAAGGAACACAUCCAGGAGAUCUUCUCCACUUACGGCAAGAUCAAGAUGAUUGAAAUGCCCAUGCACCGCAUCCACCCUCACCUGUCCAAAGGUUACGCCUACGUGGAGUUCGAGACAGCCGAGGAGGCGGAGAAGGCCCUGAAACACAUGGACGGAGGUCAGAUUGACGGGCAGGAGAUCACCGUCACGGCUGUACUGACUCCCACAGUGCGCCCUCCCCCCCGCAGGCUGUCCCCUCCACGCAGGAUGCUUCCUCCACCAAUGUGGCGACGCACUCCGCCUCGGAUGAGGAGAAGGUCUCGGUCUCCACGGAGACGCUCACCAGUGCGUCGCAGGUCACGGUCACCAGGCCGCCGCCGUCACAGGUCACGCUCCAGCUCCAAUUCUUCCCGUUAAGGGAAGAAACCCCCUCCUCCUCCUCCUCCUCCUUUGCGUCUCCUCUGGAUCUGGUCCUCCGCUGUGUCUUUUUAGUCAGUGUGAACAAACAUUACGGUUAAUCAGAAACCACAUAAUGAGAGCAUGGAUACCAACAUACAGCAUUACUGUAUUCCUGAGUCAGUUAUUUCUCCCAGUGCUUAAAUUAGUAUGAAAUCAGGUGAGCUGAGUGUGUUCACGUCAGACGCUGUCAUCAGCUGGAAUCACAUGUGAUUCUAGCGUCUGUGUUCUUAUCGCUGAACCAGUAAGUUGACGAAUGUCUUUAAGACAAAAUCCACGUGGUACAGCCAAAAUGUUCACUUUUAAAUUUGAGUUACUGAUUUUAAAUGGUGCUGCUGUUUAUAUAUAUCAGUAUUGCGUUCAACAUUUGUCUGGCAUUAGUUCUUACAGGAAAUCGUAAUUACAAAGGCAGCUACACAAGCGAGUCACGCCAUGUUUAAGUCCCUCUCCAGACACGUUGUAAAGUGUGUGAAAAUACUUCAUGCCGAUAUUUUGUUUAACAUCUGAAAAUGCUGGAAGAUCUACCGUUUCUCUGUCAGUCACUUAAAACUUGGUCUUACUAGAAUAAAGUUUGGAAACUGAUAGCCUUGAAAAAGGAAAUAAAACCAUUAAUCUUAAUUUAUGUUUAUUUUAUAUCUAAGUGUUAAGUUAACUUUAAUUUGAACUAUAUUUACUUAAUUUUGGGGAGUUGUCGCAACUUAAAAAUGACAAGUGGCAUAACCUUGUUCUUUCUUAGUGUUGGCAACAUCAGUAAACCAAGUGAAGUUUGAAGAUCUGCGAGUUUUGUUCAGUUAACAUGUAUACAGAUAUGAGAGUACAGAUAUAAAGCACAGCAAACCUGGUUUACUGAAGUUGCUAAAACUUUCAAGAUUGAUUUUAAUUAAACUUGUCAUUUUUAACUUGAUACAACUUCAUAAAGUUAAGCAAAUCUUUGGUUGUGAAAUUUUUUUUUAGUGAAUGAGGGUUUUCGAUACCAGUAAGCAGUGUGUGUCCGCUUUAGCAGAUAUCUGAUUAAGACAGUCAUUAUUACAUUGAAAUUACAAAGAGGUCAAAUGA